GUCUUAAUCAUAAAGCAGUCUAUAUCUACUUGUAUAAGGAUCUUUACCUACCACGUGUAAAUUAGCUGGCCAUGGCAGAUUUAGUCAAGGGAAUUAGUUUAGAGUCAACAAGAGCACCUAUAGACGUAUGGAUAGGAACAUCACUAGGAGUCUUGAAAGGAGUGUGUCUCCCCACUGGACGGGCCACUAACUAUCUACCUGCCUCCAUCACCCUCUCCCAGACUGACAAGCGUAAAGAGGUGACCGUCAUGUGCUGGGAAGACGAAUCACAUGACGCCCUGUACUGUGGACGCAGAGAUGGCAUUGUCCAGAAAUUCAGUUGUCAGGAUCGUCUGUUCACAGCCGAGUGUGACUGCACUGGAGGAGAGGGGCAGUUUGUGGGUCUGGGGAAACACAAUGAGGUACUCAUCACCUGCACUGACAGAGGCAGCCUGUGUUACUGGCCUUUAGACACGGACAAGACGGAGCGAUGUGUGGGUGAUGAUGUGUCUUGUAUGGCAGUCAGUCCCAAAGCACAGCUGCAAGUGGCCACGGGAGGGAAGGAAAAUGACUUGAAGGUGUGGGACGGCAACAAACUGGAUCAGCCAAUAUUUCAAGCCAAGAAUGUCAAAAAUGACAAGUUGGACCUCCGUGUCCCGGUGUGGGUGACCAGACUUGGCUAUACUCUCAACUCUGGGGACCAGCCUGUCAUCGCCGUAGGAACUGGGCAUCAUCAAUUGAGGCUCUAUGACACCAGAGCUCAGAGGAGGCCAGUGUACUCGACAGUGUUUGGAGAGCAUCCAAUCACAACCCUCAAAAUGUCUCAAGAUGGCAGGUCCUACUUUGUUGGAAACAGUGCUGGCGAGAUGGGCAGGGUAGAGCUGAGGACAGGGGGUGUGGUCAGCCGCUACCGAGGAUUUGGUGGGGGGGUGCGGUGCAUCGAAGAGUGGGGAGAGGGGGAACAGUCUCUCAUUGCUGCUACAGGACUCGAUAGAUACCUCAGAGUCUACUCUGCACACAGACCAAAGCUGCUGCACCAGGUCUACCUCAAAUUGCAGUGCAGCUGUUUGCUUUUCAGCAAUGAAUCGGUCAAGGAGCCUAAUCUACCAGAGAUGAAAAGUUUGCCUGAGACUGAGACUGAGACUGUUGACUGUGAAAGCAGUGGGGAUGAGGACCAACUCUGGAACAGAAUGGAGACAAUAAAGGACACUAGGAACACUAUCAAGAAACGCUCCAUAUGUCACGUAGAAGUGAAACAGUCAAAAAAAAGAAAACUCAGAACUAAGUAGGCCCAAAGUUACUUGUCUUUGCGUUUACUUGUGCCUGCUGACAACACAGUAUUUAUUGUUAUCUUUGUAAUCUAUUGUCUGAGCAAUAUAAAUAAUUCACAAAAGCACACGAUAA